AUGUUUGGGUAGAACCGUGUAUCCGGAUAAUUUCAUACAUUUCGGAUCCGGAAUGCACACAAUAACGAGGUAAUAACGAGCGGGGCGCGCAGUGGCACGGACCUUUGCGCAUACGCAGCGCGCAUUAUGAGUAUCUAUAUAAGCGAACGUCCUCUCGCUGCCUCAUUGAUAAGGCACCCAGUGGCUGUAGCUCUCACCACCGCGGAGGACAAGUAUAACAUAACGACAAAAUUAUUUUAACAAUAUGGACAAGAAAAAUAACAACCAGAAAAACCCCGGACUGGCGACGUCGGUCGAGGAGGCACUUAGCUAUACAGGUUUCGGCAAGUACAACUUCAGUCUGCUGCUGAUCUGCAGCUGGACGCUGCAGGCGAUGGGCAUGGACCUGUUCGGCACCAGCUUUGUGGUAGCAGCUGCCGUUUGUGACCUGGACCUGGACAUGCAGAAGAGGGCGCUGCUCACCGCCACGCCUUUAGCUGGCGUGGUGGCCGGAGCGCACCUGUGGGGCUACAUAGCAGACACAAAAGGCCGGCGGCUGACGUUGUCUCUGUCAAUGUCCAUAGGCUUCGUCUUCGCUGCCCUGAGCAGCCUAUCGCCUGACUGGAGGACUAUGAUGGUGCUGAAACUACUGUCUGCGACUUUUACGUCAGCAAGCAACGCAAGCGCAUACACUUUGUUAGGAGAGAGCUGCAGCGCGCGUGCGCGGGGACGCGCCAUGUUGCUUUGCACAUGCGCCCUGAUGUGUUCGCAAGCUGUUGCUGCAGUCUUCGCUUACCCCAUCCUCCCUCUCUCGUUCUCCUACCCCAUCGAGUUCCUCGGCAUCAACUACCGUCCCUGGCGUCUCCUGGCCUUCGCCCUGUCCCUCCCUUGCUUGGCCACGGCCAUCCUGCUGCAGCUCUUUCAUGAGAGCCCCAAGUUUCUGGUGACCAGCUCCCGGUAUGAAGAAGCUUUGGAGGUGCUGAAGAAAAUUUAUGCUUGUAAUACUGGGAAGAGUGCUGACGACUUUCCGGUGAAGAAACUAGUGGAAGAUGAGGAAGACGCAUCGUCAGUGAGUCAGGAGUCUUUCUUUAAGGCUCUGUGGCACCAGACCGUCCAGCUCUUCCGUCCGCCUCUUCUGAAGAACACGCUCAAACUGUUCUACUUGAUCAUCGUUAUUUACAUGACUGGUAGCGGCUUCGUGCUCUGGCUGCCGUACAUCAUGAACAACUUAUUCUCAGUAAUGGAGAAUGGUGGUGGUUCUGGCAUGAACCUCUGCACCAUUAUCCGACAUGGCAGCAAUAGUCUCCUCGUUGCUGAUAAUUCCACGUCAAUUGCAGUCUGCAACGACACCAUCCAAGAGACAACCCUGCUCUCAGCCAUGACGUACGGCGCCUUCGCUGCCUCUGCCAACCUCCUUCUCUCCCUCACCUGCGAAGCAAGGAAGCGGGUGGCCAUGAUGGGAAUCCUCGCCAUGUCGGCCUCAGCUGCAGUUCUACUGAAUGUGGUGCGCGUGCCAAUUGCUGGAGGGGUAUUCUUCUUCAUGUUCCUCAUGUGCGCGCUCUCGAUGGGGAUUUUGAGCGUGUAUUUUGUAGAGCUGUAUCCGACUUCAGUUAGGGGUAUGGCAUCAUGCCUGUCGGUGAUGCUGGGCCGAUCCAGUGCGUUCCUGGGAGUCAACGCCAUCGGGGCGCUGCUUCAGAUUAGCUGCGAAACUACUUUCUAUGUCUGGGCCGUCUUAUUACUCAGCGCAAUCGUAUUCGCUUGGCUGCUACCAAAGGACAAGGUGGUAAAGGGUGGAGAUGUUGAACAAACCAAACUGUAGAACUGAUGAGCCACGACUUCUCCUGAGAAGUUAACGGAAGCGGAAUAAAUGCAAUGACAGCUUUGUAGAUAAAGAAGAAGUUAAUAUGUGUUAAACUACCACACACUAUUCUUUUAGCAAUGUGUUAGUGCAAAAAAAUAUGGUGGCAUAAACAUAUUUUGAUGCUGUGAGCAUUGACGAACAAAUGCGUCUUGUUCAAGAUGAAUUUGUGGUUCAGAAAGUGUGUAACUUUCUUACUCAUAGGUUAAGGAUGUAAUAGAGACAAUAUUUUACUGUCGAGUAAAUGCGUUCCUUAGUCAGAUACGCAUUAGUUCGAAUAUCCUAAAUUACCAGCACCCAUAAUUACCAUGUGCGGUUACCGUUAGGCGGUUAAUACUAGAAACAAUUUUGUAUCAACUGCGGACGGCGCAUUACUGGUGAAUUUCCAAUAUGAAUUGGAACUCCGGUAGCCGUUUAAGAAAUGUAAGACUCUUACGGUAGAUGUCGCUAUAGCCUCUAUGGUGGAAAUAUUCGCUGUAUUGAGUAUGGCCUUGGUAGCACAGAUGACAGAGCACGGUCGUGGUUUCAGGUCCCACCCAAGACAGUGAAUUUUUCCACUUUUAAUUUAUUUCUAAGGUUAAUAUUGUUCCUAUACAUAGGUAUUUUUAAUCUACAAGAUGUACACCUACCUAUUACAUAGUGAUUUUAAAAUUAUACAGGGUGAUUCAAUGGACACAGCAUAGAUGCUCUUUUUUCUGACCACCAAAUCUUAUGUCUUGUGACCAUUGUAAAAAACAUGAAAUAUUUUCUAGUUUAAUCUCAGUUUAAAAUCAUUUUUGUAAUCCCCCUGUAUGAUUCGUUAGCAAACCUUUGCUUUUUAUUACAAGCUUUUAUUUAACUUGCAAUGUAACUAUGUAUAUUUUUACGGGUCAAAUCUUGCAAGUUAAAUUUGACUCACUCUCCGGUUUCCGAUGUAGUUGAAAAUUUGCACACAUAUGUAAAUCGGGUGACAAUGCUUUAUUAUGGUACCAUCGAGCUGAUCUGAUGAUGGAGACAAGAGGUGGCCAUAGGAACUCUGUGAUAAAACAACGCAACAUAAUUGUAUUUUGGGUUUUUAGAAUUGUCUCGAUGAGUAUUAGUUGCCUGUCGAAAGAAAAGUACAGUCGGCGAUAAAAGCUUGUACCAAAAAUUUAAUGUUUGCAAUAACUUAUUAUUAGUAGUACAGUCAAUUUCCGUACCAUUUCGUACCUUGUACCACUAACAAUCAAUAUGAAAGUUGCUAGGGACCUCAUAUAGUACAUAUGGUAUGGAACUGAAAUUAAAUUACUUGACCGUACAUAUAUAGAAAAUAGAAUAUACAGUAUACGUACGUUUUACAUGUCUAAUGAUAGGUCUAGAUUUUGAAACCUUAAUUAUCUUUGAAUUAAGGUUUUUACUUGUACAUCUUUAGGUAUAUUUAUUAAGUAAGCGUAUUUUAUUUAUUUUAGUGCGAUACGACUGAAAUAGUUUGUUACUCUGAGGAGCAGGCCUCCCUUAAUGUGUACUGAUUAUAAAUAUGUGUACCUGAAAUUAAACUGAUAGUUUAAUAAGUUGACCAAUAGUAUGCAUUAUAAAAUUAAUUGAUGUUCAUUUAGUCGGCUAUUAUAAAAUACCGCGAAAAUAUUUCUGCGGUUAAUAAUUAUCGCAACCAUUCAUGACCGGUCUGGCCUAGUGACCCCGAUGUGGGUAUGAAGCCGAUGGUCCUGGGUUCGAAUCCCGUUAAGGGCAUUUAUUUGUGUGAUGAACAGAUAUUUUUUCGUGAUCAUGGGUGUUUUCUAUGUAUUUAUAUAUUAUAUAUAUCGUUGUCUGAGUACCCACAACACAAGCCUUCUUGAGCUUACCGUGGGAAUUAGUCAAUCUGUGUAAGAAUGCCAUGUGUUUAUUUAUUUACAUGUGAAGUCGUGGCAAUUAGAAAGACAUUUUUGUAUAGCUAAACAUACUUUCUAAAACCCUAUUUGUGUGUAGCUAAUAUUGAUUACUAUUCCUGUUGAAUUUUCCUGAAAAUAAAUUUUAAGUGGACGUAAUCCAACUUAUUGGCAAAGUUAAUAAUUAAUUAAUUUUACGCAAUAAUAAAUAAUAACAUAUAUCUAUUUAAACAAUUCACCUUUUCAUAGAAAAGGGGGCUUUAGUUUCAUUUUUUACUUUAAAAGCUUAGUAGAUCAAUUUGCUUCUUAACCCCUUUAGACGUCAUUGAUUUUAUAAAGAGGGUUAAAUUUUAUAAAUUUGGCUUUCCCUUAGAAAUUAGCUGGAAUGUAUGAAUCAGACAAUUUUUUUUUCGCGUUUUCGGUAUUAGUCCCAUAAUAAAACUUAUUCAGUAUGACCUAUAAAGUCACUACGCAGAAUAUAGCUGGUGGUUAAAAUUUCACCCUGUAUAACGAGCCGUAUAUCUUAUUGGAAUGCACGAAGGUUCAAAGGGUUAAAUUAGAUUGUAUAAUAUAAGUUAUUCUUAGAGAUAACUGAUAUAAAAGAAGAGAUCAUAAUCUCCUUAUUUUUAUCCUUCGUAUUUAUAUAAGCACUUGAACUGAACUAAUAAAAUAUGCAUUAUUUUUUAUCAUA